GUAAAAUGAAUAUUACUAGACGACAAACACCGAGUGAAUUUCUCAAAAAAAUUGUUGGAAAACCAGUUGUUGUAAAAUUAAAUUCGGGUGUUGAUUAUAGAGGUAUACUUUCUUGUCUAGAUGGAUUUAUGAAUAUAGCAUUAGAACAAACGGAAGAAUAUAAUGGUGGUCAAUUAAAAGCUAAAUAUGGAGAUGCUUUUAUUAGAGGUAAUAAUGUCCUCUAUAUAAGUACACAAAAGCAAUGA